CUUGUGCCUUAGUUCUCUCCUCACCCCGCCCGAUCGCUCGCUACGCCGCCGCUGCUGCUGCCGCCGCCGCCAUGUCGGCGCAGGCCCAGAUGCGUGCUAUGCUGGACCAGCUGAUGGGCACCUCCCGGGACGGUUCAAUGUAUCUAUGCCUGCCUACUUCAAUCUGCAAGGGAGUGUCAGAAAGGCCCCGCAAUCGCCGAGCCCAGCAAAAGGGAGACACUGCAACUGGAACAAAAUAGUGGAAGAAAUGGCGGCUUGGGGUUCAGUGGGGAUUCGCAGAGACACUACCCGCCAGCGAAUCAAAUUCAGCGAUGACAGAGUAUGCAAGAGUCACCUUCUCAACUGCUGUCCUCAUGAUGUUCUCUCUGGAACUAGGAUGGAUCUUGGAGAAUGUCUGAAGGUCCAUGACCUGGCUUUAAGAGCAGACUAUGAAAUCGCAUCCAAAGAACAAGACUUUUUCUUUGAACUUGAUGCAAUGGAUCAUCUGCAGUCAUUCAUUGCAGACUGUGACCGGAGAACAGAAGUGGCCAAGAAAAGAUUAGCUGAAACUCAGGAAGAGAUUAGUGCUGAAGUGGCAGCUAAAGCAGAACGUGUCCAUGAAUUGAAUGAGGAAAUUGGUAAGUUACUAGCCAAAGUGGAACAACUAGGAGCUGAAGGUAAUGUGGAGGAGUCCCAGAAAGUAAUGGAUGAGGUUGAGAAGGCCCGAGCAAAGAAAAGAGAGGCAGAGGAAGUUUACCGGAAUUCCAUGCCAGCCUCUAGCUUUCAGCAACAGAAACUUCGGGUCUGUGAAGUAUGCUCUGCUUAUUUGGGUCUUCAUGACAAUGACAGGCGACUAGCUGAUCAUUUUGGGGGGAAACUACACCUGGGAUUUAUUGAAAUAAGAGAGAAACUUGAAGAGUUAAAGAGAGUUGUAGCUGAGAAGCAAGAGAAAAGAAAUCAGGAACGCCUGAAGCGCCGAGAAGAAAGAGAAAGAGAAGAAAGAGAGAAGUUGAGAAGAUCUCGAUCACAUAGCAAGAAUCCUAAAAGGUCCAGGUCUCGAGAGCAUCGUAGACAUCGAUCUCGUUCUACUUCAAGAGAACGAAAGAGAAGAACUAGAUCUAAGUCCCGUGAGAAACGCCAUCGUCACAGGUCACGUUCUAGCAGCCGAAGCCGAAGCCGAAGCCACCAGAGAAGUCGUCAUAGCUCCAGAGACCGGAGCAGAGAGCGAUCCAAAAGAAGAUCCUCAAAAGAAAGGUCUUCUGGAGAUAAAGAGCGGUCAUUAAGAGACCAAGAUCUAGCAUCUCGUGACAAAGACAGGAGUUCAAGAGAGAGAUCACCUCGAGACAGAGAGAGAAAAGAUAAAAAGCGUUCCUAUGAGAGUGCUAAUGGCCGUUCAGAAGAAAGGAGGAGCUCUGAAGAGCGUGAAGCUGGAGAGAUUUAACAGGCUGUACAUAUCCUCAAUUCUUAAGCUUCCUAUGGAGUUAUAUACUAUUGUUUAGUUUACAGCUGUUCAUGGUGACCCAGCCGUUCCAGACACCAAUCCAACUAAGCUAGAUGUACAGUAUCUAAAGUUUGGCUAUAACUCAAUCUGAACUGAACAUCUUUUCCUGGAUGAAGUCUAAAAUUACAUCGCUAAUUUCUGGUGAACCCGUAUACAAUUCUGAAAGGUUACUCUAUUCACAAGUGCAGUUUUAUGUAGUAAGAUACAGAUCUCAAUGUUUUAUUUUCAGUAGAAGUUAGAGUGAACAAAUUGUGUUACUUGCCUUCGGCUUUCUUGAACAUUUGUAAAAUUCUUCUUUUCUAGUCCAAAUAGCAGCAGCUUUGGGAGUCUUGUUUUGAUUUCUUCCUCUGCCCUUCUGUUCUACCCUCCCACCUGCCAUCCCAAAUUGCAAAGUGGAGUGGGAAGAGGAGGCACCAUAUAACCUGGGUUAGAAAUUUCUGUUCCUACCGAUUGAUUACUAGUUGGUUACAUUUCAGAGGAUUUAUUGCUGGGGUGUGUGUUCUGGAGAAAAUGGAAAUGUUUGUUUCUUUUUCCCUUUUUUAAAACAGUGCCUAUUUAGAUUUGGAAGUUGAACAGCUGUUGCAUUACAUCUUUUGCAUUUUUAUUGAAAUUUUGAAAUCAAACCUUGUCUUGAUUUUUCUGUUACAUUGAAUUGCUAUGUUCAAUUUGUUGGGGGGAAUCUUUCUUAAGCACUUCUUGCCUUUUUUUUUUCUUGUGGAGUGUAAAGGCUACACCUCUUGUUUUUAAAAAAGAUAAUAAAAUGAAAGCAGCAAUCACUACCAUCACCAUCACCAUUAAACAACCUGCAUUGUUCA